AUGACUGGAAGUACGGUAUCUAUCAGAAGAGUCGUCAUCUCAGGCGGGAGUGGCUUCGUCGGUGCAGCCACUGCAAGAGCAUUGGCAGAGAGGCACCCGGAAUGUGCAAUUACUAUCAUCGACCUGCAUCCUCCAGGGCCAACACAUGCCGUGCCAGCAAGCGCUACCUUCGUCCAAGCUGACAUUACCGAUGCCGACGAAACUGCAAAAGUCCUCCAGUGCGCUCAGCCAGACGUUGUGAUUCAUACUGCGGGGAUCGUUCCAGUUCUUGCCGAGCGAUUUGCCAGGAGGCUCCAGAGCCAUGUAUGGCGAGUCAAUGUCGAAGGCACGAAAAACAUGCUUGAAGCCGCAAAUAAAAGUGGAUCAAUGGCCUUCAUCUACACAAGUUCUUGCUGCGCAGUGACUGAUGACAUGGCAGCCGCUGAGGCUUUGGUCCUCCAAUAUUCGAGCGAUACCAUGCCUACUUGCUCGCUCCGACCUUCUGUCCUUUGCGGGCCUGGUGACUAUCAACUGGUCCCCGCAAUUCAUGCAUGUAUCGCAAAAUGGGAAACACCCUUUGUCAUAGGGACCGGGUUGAACCUAUGGGAUGUCACCUAUGUCACCAACAUCGCAGAUGCCCAUGUCCUAGCUGCAGAAAACUUGACAUCCUCGAAGACAGCCGCCGGGGAAGCUUUCUUUAUCCAAAACAAUGAGCCUAUCACCUUUAGGGACUUCUGCCUAGCGAUAUGGAACCAUUUUGGUCAUACUCCGCCAUUUGAGCUCUACAUCCCUGAAUGGUUGGCAUAUUUUGCUGGGUUGGUCUCUGAGGUAUCGACCUGGGCAUUCGGGAUGACACCGACUCUCAGCCGUGGUAGUGUUAGAGAUGCAUGCGCUGUCCGAUAUGCUAAUGGGGAAAAAGCAAGACAGAUUCUGGGCUAUGAACCGCGCGUCGGUAUUGAAGAUGGAAUACGCAUGAGUUGUGAGGACUAUGCCCAUCGUCUAGGGCUCGAGUUGCCGUCACGGCUAAAGCGGAAAUCAGAAUAG